AUGCCACCCCCCAACACCCCCGCAUCAUCCGACUCCCCCCCUCCGGGCUCAGUCAACAUCAACUCCCUCUCCGUCCCGCAACUCCGCGCGCUCCAAACACGUCUCUCCUCAGAACUUGAACACCUGACGACCUCGCACGCCAAGCUGCGCGCCGCGCAACUCAAGUUCAAAGACUGCGUGCGCUCCAUCAAUGAAGGUGUAAUUGGGUCUCAGAAGAAGGGCACCGACGGAAAGGAGGACAUCCUGGUGCCGUUGACGAGCUCGCUGUAUGUGAAGGGGAAGUUGGCGGAUCGGGAGAAGGUGCUUGUUGAUGUGGGAACGGGAUUUUAUGUUGAGAAGACUACGUCCAAGGCUAUCGGGUUCUACGAGGAUAAGGUUAAGAGUCUGGAGACGAAUCUUACGGAGUUGGAGAAGAUUGUGCAGACGAAGAGUCAGCAGCAGAGGUUGUUUGAGGAUGCUCUGAGACAAAAGUUGCUGGCUGAGGGUGCUGGGUCCUCUGCUACUGCGUCUGCGGGUGCCGGUUGA